GUCGCUAUCUGGCUGCAGCCCCCCCCCCCCCACACACUACACCUCGCCUGUGUGGCUAUGAGUACGGACCUCCUAUCUGACCUGGACAGUCGUUUCUUCGCUGAUAACCUCCUGACGAGCGAAGAUUGGGAUGCCUGUCUGUACCAGUGUGAGAGCAUGGAGGAGGGAGAGGACGCCGCCGCCGCCGGCCGCCGGCCGAAGUACGAGCCGUCGUUCGACAAUGACCUCGUGCUCACCCUCGACCCCGACAACCCCACGUCGCCGUGGCAACACCUCGACGACAGCCUUCUCACAGGAGAAACUCCUGUGAUGGAGGCUGAGAUGACCAUCGCUCAGCCGCUACCGGUGGAAAUGUUGUUCCAGGUUAAAGCCGAGCCUCCUUCUCCUGCUUCCUCACUCGGGUCAGACUGCUCCUCCUUGUCCCCAGAGCCACAGGUCACCAUCAAAGGGGAGAGCCCCCCGACCCCCCCCUACAUGUACGGGGACGUGCUCCCUCCGCUGGGCUCCAUGGAGAUCACCGUGGCAACGACGGCCGUGCGCGCGGUUAGCGACGCAGAUGCCGGCGUGGUGGGCGGAGUCCAGGCGCAGCCCGCGCUGCCGGGCUCGGCCACGCUGAAGGCCACCUCCAUCCUGAGCACCAAGCCCCCCAUCCAGCCCAGGCCCGUGUGCGUGGCCGCCCUCCCCCUCCCGCAGGCCCCCCCGCCGGCCAAGACCCUCGUCCUGCAGGGCCUGCCCCCCUUAGACCACAACCGACCCGUUGUGCUGUCCCCGUCCGUCUGUCUCGGCUCGGCUCCGGCCAUUGUGAAAAUGGAGCCCGUCUCUCCCGGCGUCCCCCAGCACUGCUCCGGCCCCACGGCGCCCGCCAGCAAGCCCAUCGUCCCGGCGACGGCGGCGUUGCCCGGCAACAACUCCAACGACAUUGACAUGAAGGUGAUGAAGAGGCAGCAGCGGAUGAUAAAGAACCGCGAGUCGGCCUGCCAGUCGAGGAAGAAGAAGAAGGAGUACCUGCAGAACCUGGAGUCCCAGCUCAGGGACGCCCAGCAGGAGAACGAGCGUUUGCGCCGGGAGAACCAGGCGCUGAGGGAGAGACUGGCUGGCAAAGAGGGCGGCGACUCGGCGAGCAACAAGAGAGCCGUGUGUGUGAUGGCCGUCCUGCUCUUCAUGACCUUCAGCUUCGGACCCGUCAGCAUCUCGGACAGGAAGCUGUCGGGCCUGCAGGACGGCGUGGUGAGCUACACGGGGCGCCACCUGCUGGAGACACCACCACAACAACAACAACAACAGCGGCGACGGCAGGAGGCGGUGGCUCCGCCUCCCAGCAGAGUGGAGGACAGGGCGGAGACGGAAGAGGACGGAGGAGACGAGGCCGCGGAGGCCUUUCAGUUCAGGAACCUCAGCGACGUCUUCAGUGACAUGAAGGAUCUGGUGCUUCAGGACAUCGACCGUUACUUCAGCUCUUCAGACUGCAGACAGUUCAACCGCUCAGAGUCCCUCAGGCUGGCAGACGAGCUGAGGGGUUGGGUUCAACGGCAUCAGAUCGACAGGAAGAAGUCUGGAGGGAAACCCAAAGCUCCAAAAAAAGCCAAGAUCGCCCAGAAAGCUCAGCUGAGGAAGACCAACUUCUCCAGAUAUCUGCCCAUUCAGGCCCAUCGCUCCAUAGAAAGUCAGCUGCAGGUGCUUCCUGGUCCUCAGCUCACCUACAGCGACUUCAUGGACGCCAUCGACCGCAGAGAAGACACGUUCUACGUGGUGUCCUUCAGACGGGAUCACCUGCUGCUGCCGGCCAUCAGCCACAACAAAACCAGCCGGCCCAAGAUGUCGCUGGUGAUGCCGGCCAUGUCUGUGAACGAGAGCCUCUACAACUCGUCUCAGGGCUACGAGAUGAUGAUGCAGGUGGACUGCGAGGUCAUGGACACCCGCAUCGUCCCCAUCAAGUCCUCCGCCGUCCCGCCUUCCCUCCGCGACCCGCCGCCCCCCCCUCCUCUCCCCACCACCACGGCAACCACACCUCGCUGCGGGGGCGCCACCAACACCACCACUCGUCUCCAAGGCAACCGUUACCCGCCCGCCGACGGACAGCGGAGUAUCUCAUCAGCCAAUCAGAGGGGGUCUGAGGAGGGAUGCCGGUUUCACGUCGACAGAUGUUAACGUCUCGCCCAGAUGUCAGGAGUCAAUAACUGAUCAGCCGCUCUGGGUCCCGUUGACUCUCGGGUGUAACUCAUGGCAGGAGGACCUGCAGGGCUCCGACCUCCUGGGGGCACCAGCUGCUCCAAGAGACGGGAGGGUGGAGGCACCUGACGGGUGUUUGACCCGCUUCACCUUCCAGAGGAACCAACACGGCCGACCGCCACGACUCUCCUUCCUCCAACCAGCUGCUGAGAGGGAGGAGGAGGGCGACGUAGCUCUGCAGACGGAGGCUCCGUCAUCCUCUGGAAGCUGUGACCAGAUAGAACCUGUUUAUAGGCGACGUGGACCUCGUGAGGGCCUCCAGGAAGCAUCUCCUCCACCUAUAGACUUGGAUUCGGCGCUGUGAGCACUUCCUGUGGUCGAUUACUUUUAUGGAGGAGGGAAGUGAAGGGUUUCAUGGACGCGUUGUUCUCACAAACGUUGACCUCAUGGUGGCGCUAGAGGACCCUUCCAAUGACCCCGACGGAUCGUCCUCGUUUCCUUUCUGUUCACACAGAAUCACAUUAAGUGGAAGGAAAAACUGUCUUUUUAUUAACAUUGUUAUUAACAGAUUCAGGUCAUGUGAAUAAUAUCAAUUCAGCUAUUUUUGUUUUUUAUUUCAAGGUAAACAAAACAAAUCUAAAAGUUUAACAAUUGCAUAUAAUGUAAAUGUUCACUUGACUGUAAUAAAAUGUAACAAACA